AAAUCGGUCCUUACCAGAAAAAGGACAUAAUAAUCAUUGGAUAGUCAUUCCAUAAAAAAAAUUAAAAAAAAAUAAAAAUUAGAAAAUUAAAGGAGAGAGCCACGUGCCAAAUUAAAGAAGUAAAAGCAAAAUAAAAAGGAAAAAUGUAGACCCACUCCUGUCAUCUCCCUCCAUGGCCCUCCUCUUGUUCUUUGCUCCAUCAGCGAGCACACAACCAACACAACAAUCUCUCUCUAUCUCUCUCUCUCUGUCUGUAUGGAAAUCCCAUAGCCAGCUAACAAUAUGAAAUUCCUCUUCGCUUGCGAUGUAAUCGCCUCUUCUCCAUUCCUCUUUUCCCUUCUCUUUUCUUAAAUCAAACAAUAAACCACCCCCCUAUUGCCUCUCUCUCUCUCUCUCUCUCUCUCUCUCGCUAGAGCUGAAUUAGCUCCAUGACACUAACUGGGUCUCAUUUCCUUCAAACCCAACAAUUCUAAAUAUCAAUUCUCUCACCCACCCAUUUUUCUCCACCAAACACCAUUCUCUCUCUCUCUCUCUCUCUCUCUCUCUCUCUCUCUCUCUCUCUGUACAAACACUUUCCCACUGGUAUAACCUCCAACAAUGCUGAAUCUCAACCUCAUCGUCGCUUCCUCCGAUUCCAUCUCCGAUAAGCUUCUCCAUCUUUCCAAUUCCCAGAUGGAAAGCUCUGAAAGCUUCAACUCCUCGAACGUCACUGCCGAUGACGACUCCUACUCGAAAGCAGCCUGCGAUGCUGCCUUCGCUUACUCUUUCGAUAUUCUCAAGCCAAACGACAUCGUUGGAGAAGGUACAGUUGGUGCCAAAGUGCGGCAAGUUGGGGAAGAUGAAGACGAUGAGGGUGAGGAUGAUAGCUGUAAACAGAAGACCAUCCAACUUUUCCUAGUUAUGGGUACCGUACGGUCUUCCGCCCCCCCGGGGGGGGGGGGGGGGUGGCGGAGUCUUCGUCGAGAGGGCAGUGGUUGGGCUUGUGGCGCGGUUGGGAAGCCAAUUGCGAUGGUUCGGUGGACCAGAGGAUUGUGCCCCAUCAGCAGCAAACGGUGAAGACGUGUCGGCAAGGACCCAGGCCUUAACGUGUAAAAACAGAGUGAUGGAGAGAGCGCCAAAGAGAGGAUUUGGUUUUGCGCCAUAUAAUGAGACAUGAACACAGAUAAAACUUUUCUAUUUCAACAUAGCCGUUAAAAAGUGACCGUUGGCUUUGCCUACCUUUCCCUCUCUCCCGCCAUGGCUAUGGCUCAGCUCGAGGGCCAGAGCCAGCAGCAAACCUCCUUCGACCACGUCCACAAGACUAAGACCCUCAUCAAAGCCCUCAACCUUCCUCUCCCUCCCGACCUCUUCGACACCGCUUCUUCUAUCUAUUACAACGGAGAUGAUAACAAUGGUUUGAAUGAUAAUGGAAAUAUUUCUGAAGGAUAUUUAUCAACAGAACUUGAAGAUGCGUUGCUGAAGCAACGGCCAAACUGUAUGUGUGGUUUUGAAUUGACAAAAUCAAGGACGAUCGUCAUCAUAUCCACAUUCAGCAUUGUUAAAUGAACUUGAAGAGUUACCUUAAAGUAGAGGAGAGGAGAUGCGGACAAAGUUGUUGCUUGAGCUCUAUGGACUAAAGGACUUCUUUUUUGGCAGCUUGAAGAAUUGCAAAGGAAGGUACCGGUCUGAUGUCAGUUCAGAGUAUUGGUUGUGUGCGAACUGUACAUAUCCUGACAGGCAAUUGUUUGACCCAGGCAUGAUCCAAUUGCACCAUCCACUAAUGGUUUUGCAGAUGUUUUUGCUGUAGAGGUUGAUGAUCAAUUUAGAAAGAAAAGGGAUGCUGAGGCAUUGUCCUAAUGUCAUUGAGGCUAUUAUAGCUUUAGCAGAAUUAGGAGUUAACGCCAAAGAUAUCAUAUCAUUGUUUCUGCAGACUCCAAAUAGAAGUGAGAGGGCUCCAUAUGGUUAUUUUGACUCAAGUGGAUGGCUUCAAUGCUAUGUCGAGGCCCAGUGGUGUAUUGCUUUGAAUGAUUAUGAAGGUGGUUUACAACGUUUCCCUAAUAAUAUACACUUUUUGCUGAAGAUUGCAAAGGUCCUCUGUUUGUUUGUGAUCAGAGCAUCAGGAUUGAUGAGGGGCACAUACCAGCUUAUAUAAUGAAGGGUAACCUGUUUUUAGCAAUGAAGAGGGCGGAAGCAGCUGUGCUAACAACAUUUUUUUUUUUUUUCCUCUCUCUCUUUCUUUUUGCCCUCUUUUGUAUGUAUUUAUAAAUGUGUGUCUUGAGUAGUUGAAACUUGUAAAGAAGGUUACACUUAUUCAGCUGUGGCUCUCUCUCUCUCUCUGUCACUCAUAUUUAUUUUGUUUGUUUUUCUGAAUUUGUUGUUAUCUGGGUUUUUGGCUGGAAAGCAGACUUGGAUUGGUGGAAAGGAUGUUGUCAUAUUGUGAAGUCAUAUACGGAGAGAGAGAGAGAGAGAGAGAGAGAGAGAGAGAGAGAGUAAAUUGCAUUUGAGAAAGGUCUUCUUUGGAUGUGUUGUGUGAGACUGUGGCAGCAAGUUGGGGGGAUAUUUACACAAAAGAUGCUUUCUCAGCCUUCAUUUUGCUUCUCUUUUGAAAUUUGUACCCUUUCUGUUCU